AGCAAAUUUGAUGCGCUUGUUCGCAGUUGACUGUUAAAACGAUCCAAAGGCAGCUACGUUGAUGGUGCCUAUGAGAACAUUUCCUGGAGAACAACAAUAUGUGGGCGGCGAUGGUUCCAUCUCCAAGAAAAACGCGAACAUCUCCUCGAAAAAAAGCUUGGGCCUCUCCAGUGAAAGCUGCAGUAUCAACAAUAUCGUCAAUAUUCAAUGAAGCUGAUUUUUCUCCCUUAAACUCCUCUUGGGCUGAAAUUACUGCGAAUGAUGAAAGCUUGAAUGAAAGUCUCAAGGAAAACCUUUCGAAGAGUGAAGUAAGGAGGAAUAGAAAGGCUGCUCUACCUAAAAAAGCAAACUCGAAACCCAAGUUUGUCCGUUCAUUAGAGCUUACUGAAGAGAUCCUUGUCAACAGCAGACGAUCAGAUAGGAUAAAAGAUAAGGUUGAAGUGCGCACCGAAACCAAGACACGAGUUGAAAUCUCCACAGUCAGAAACUAUGAGACACGAAAACGUCAUCUUAGCGCUGCUUCAUCGGCUACAAUUAAUGAGGACUGUGAUGGGUGCUCUCCCGUCAAAAGAGCUCCUCCAUCCAGUGGACGCCCGGCUCGUAAAAAUCUCAAAACCAGCUCGCCAGUGAGCAGUCCUUUGAGGAGCAGGUGUUUGUUCCCCUCUACUCCAAAAGACACUAAGAGCACUCCAAAAGAAUUUACUCCAAAAGACUUCUGGGAAGAUCCCGCUUUGGGCUGGUGCAAAGAUCAAGCAGUUCUUGAAAGACGAACUAAGGAGAUAAAUCGUGCCAAAGAAAAACCCGUUUAUACCCGGUAUCUAGAAGAAGUUCCUCGGCAUCUUCGCAUCAAAGGUGUGCAUCCACGAACACCUAACAAGCACAUCAAUUUCAGUCGCAGAUCUUGGGAUGCUCAGAUGAGAAGCUGGAAGCGCAAUUUGUAUAGUUGGGCUGGCGAAGAACCUUCCGAUUCAGUGAACACAUCCUUCUGCAGCUAUAGCUCUGAUGAACAAAAACACGAUGAGGAACAAGAAAAUCUGGAAAGACCAGUUUCAGUUCUCCGCGUACUCGUAGCGCUUCCUUGUCGAAACAAGCAGUUUGCAUUUGCCAUUGUGUUGGGCACAACCUCUAUCACUGCGCUAGCGCAGCGCUGGCAACCUGCCGAGAGCACUCUCAAAGGCAGUGUCCAGGCAAGUCUGGGCAUAGGUUUCUCAUCCGCGCUUUAUUGA